GCUUGAACUGCAGCUUUCAUAAGCUAGUAACGUUGCGACAAUCGAUAUGUCUGUGCUCGCUGAUUCACUGUAUGCUCUGUGGUCUCAAUGUGAUCUCCAAACAGUCAUUUUAGCCACCACGAUCUUUCUAUUCACGUACUGGGCUCUACAAUUGCUCCUCGCCAAUCACCGAAAUCUCCCACCUGGUCCCCGGGGUUUUCCGCUGAUAGGGAAUGUACUGGAUCUUGUUAACCCAACUCCGUUCCGCAACCUGCGUGACAUGGCUAGCCAGUACGGAGACGUGUUGUCAUUGCAUCUAGGUCAGCAAUUGGUUGUUGUGCUGAAUGGCUAUCAAUCAAUACAUGAAGCCCUGGUUGGAAAGGCCGAUGAUUUCGCCGAUAGACCGCAUAUUCCGCCAAUGAAGACGGGGACAUUGAAUAGUGGUAUAAUUAUGGCUAAUGGCAAAGUAUGGAAGUUCAAACGGAGGGUGAUCCUUAGUUCUUUGCGUACGUUUGGCAUGGGAAAAGCGUCAAUGGAGAAGAGAAUUCAGGAAGAAGUCCUACAUCUGCUCGAUGUAUUCGAUGAGAUGUCCGUUGACUCCAGCACGUUCAACCCGCUCUCCCAUACCACCAAUUCCAUAUAUAACGUGAUCUGUUCUAUCACAUUGGGUGAACGUUUUGACUACACUGAUCAUCGAUUUGUGGAUAUCAUAUCAUCUUUGAAUUCAAUUCUUGAUUUGUCGCAUGUGUAUUUCGGAUUUAUGUACUUUUUUCCCGGCUCAUACAAGAUACUGGAGCUUCUCCUCAGGGGCCACCAUGCACGUGACCACCGCAAGAUAUAUGAUGUUCUGGAGCCAUUUAUAGAACAACACGAGACAACGUACGAUUCACAGAAUAUGAGAGAUCUCAUUGACGUGUUCUUAAAAGCUACACGAGAAUGGGAAAGUCGACAUUUUUCGGAAAGUUUUGGGAGAAAAGGCUUGCCUUUUAAAUAUUUUUACAUAUAUGCCCUCAUACUUGACACAUUCGUCGCAGGAACGGAAACAACCGCUACAACGUUGACGUGGGGUUGGUUACUCAUGUUGAAAAACCUGGACACACAAACACAAAUUCAAGCUGAGUUGGAUAAUGUUGUUGGACGAGGCCGCCUUCCGGAAAUGUCCGACAAACCGAACUUGCCCUACACAGAGGCUGCGGUCAAUGAAGUACUGCGCAUGUCUAGUACAGCCCCGCUCUCAGUACCUCGCUGGACUACAACUGAUACUUGUGUUUUGGGUUAUGACAUUCCCAAGAACACCAUGGUGUGGCCUAACCUGUGGAGUGUGCUGUACGAUCCCACUUUAUGGCCGAAUCCAGAUAGAUUUGAUCCAGGUCGUUUUCUUGAUUCUGAUGGAAAUUUUUACAGACCAGAUGCCUUUAUACCUUUUGGGUCAGGUUCACGUGUUUGUCUUGGUGAACAGCUGGCUAAAAUGGAAUUAUUCCUCGUAUUCUCUUCUGUUCUUCACCAAUUCCGACUUGAAGUCGAUAAUGAAUUCCCCCUACCACUUCUAGAGGGUACAAUGCACAUUACACUACAGCCGCCAAAAUACAAAAUGAGAGUUAUCAGACGAGUUCAAGUUAACGAGCAAGAUGAAUAA